UGAUUCAGAAGUCUCCAAAGUUUCUCUAUGUUCAUCAUCAAUUUCAUCAAACCCAGAAAGAAUCUUUCUUCAACAGAGAUACCCACAAAUCAAUUUCACCCAUUUCUCUCCUCUUCACUCUUAAAGUGCAGCUAACUUUCUGAACCUGAGGAUUGACUGGUCGGUGCUUCAAGCUUUUGAAUUUGCUGUGUACAGCGUUUUUCAGGAGAGAGAGACAUUAGUAUCUACAAGACACCUUUGGUCGAAUACAUGUAUUAGGGGAGUGUUAGUGUGUAUAAGAUGUUCUUUUGUGGAGUUUGUUGCUGCAGCUGAUUGUGUGGGGAGUUUGGGGACAGAGAGAGCUGUUUAGUUGAAUUCAGUUUUUAAAGGUGAUGGCGAGUAAUGUAUUUGAUCAUCCCCUUCAAGAGAUCAGGGAUGGGAAGGAUGAUUCUGAUGAAGAUAAGGGUGUAGAUAGCGAGAAAGCGAGUUUGUUGGAAACAUCUAGUUCUGUAGAGACAGGUCCUGAGGGUUCUGGUCGUUCUUCUGAUGGGCGUAGGGGACUAGACCACUGCAAAACUGCACCUGUUGGUCUCUGUGACGAUAUGCUAGUCGAUGACAAUGAGAUGAAGUACUCUCGGUCAUUGACAGAGAAAGGGUCUCCUGCAAGUCAUAAUCUAAAAUUGGAUAGAUUAACGGAGCGGGAAAAGCAAAAACUCAUCGUUGAGCUGGUCAGAAUACAAAAUGACGGGACAGUGGAAGUAAUAGAUAAUGGUACUCCGGUAUCGGAGUUAUUGGAGUUUGAGCCAACGAAAGGGCAGUCCACAGUCACAUAUGAGAAGUCCUUUACAGAGUCCUUUAGAUCCAUUCCAAGGUUAAAAAUUGUUAUACUUGUGGUUGGAACUCGAGGUGAUGUACAGCCUUUUUUGGCUAUGGCAAAGCGCCUCCAGGAAUUUGGUCAUCGUGUUAGGUUGGCAACUCAUGCUAAUUUCCGCUCUUUUGUACGAACUGCUGGAGUAGAGUUCUAUCCCUUGGGUGGUGAUCCGCGAGAGUUAGCUGCAUAUAUGGCUAGAAAUAAAGGUCUCAUUCCUUCUGGGCCUUCAGAAAUAUCAAAACAGAGAAAGCAGUUAAAGGCAAUUAUAGAGUCUCUUCUCCCGGCAUGCAUAGAGCCUGAUAUGGAAACUUCUACCUCUUUCAGAGCUCAAGCAAUAAUUGCAAAUCCUCCUGCAUAUGGACAUGUGCACGUUGCCGAAGCUCUUGGAGUACCAAUUCACAUUUUUUUCACAAUGCCGUGGACGCCUACCAAUGAAUUUCCCCACCCUUUGGCGCGUGUUUCUCAAAGUGCUGCAUACUGGCUAUCAUAUAUAGUUGUUGAUCUGAUGGUAUGGUGGAGCAUAAGGACAUAUAUUAAUGAUUUUAGGAAGCGGAAGCUAAAUCUUGCACCUAUAGCAUAUUUCAGCACAUACCAUGGCUCAAUUUCGCACUUGCCUACUGGUUACAUGUGGAGUCCCCAUGUUGUGCCAAAACCAAGUGACUGGGGUCCUUUAGUUGAUGUUGUUGGCUAUUGUUUCCUGAACCUUGGAUCAAAGUACCAACCUCGCGAAGAGUUUAUCCAGUGGAUAGAAAGAGGAUCACCUCCCAUAUAUAUUGGUUUUGGAAGCAUGCCUCUUGAUGAUCCAAAAAAAACAAUGGACAUUAUACUGGAAACUCUGAGAGAUACAGAACAGAGAGGGAUAGUUGAUCGAGGUUGGGGUGGCCUUGGAAACCUUGCUACUGAAGUUCCUGAAAAUGUAUUCCUCUUGGAGGACUGUCCUCACGAUUGGUUGUUUCCUCAAUGUUCGGCUGUGAUUCAUCAUGGUGGUGCUGGAACCACAGCGACUGGACUAAAAGCAGGGUGUCCAACAACAAUCGUGCCAUUCUUUGGGGAUCAGUUCUUCUGGGGUGAUAGGAUAUAUGAGAAAGGACUAGGGCCUGCGCCAAUACCAAUAGCUCAGCUUAAUGUCGAAAACCUCAGUAAUUCUAUAAGAUUCAUGCUACAACCAGAGGUGAAGUCACAAGUGAUGGAACUAGCGAAAGUGCUAGGGAACGAGGAUGGUGUAGCUGCAGCAGUUGAUGCGUUCCACAGGCAUUUGCCACCGGAGCUGCCACUACCCGAGUCCUCACCUGAGAAAAAGAAUGAAGAUGAUCAACCAGACCUGUUACAGUGGUUCUUUAUUCAGAUUGGCAGAAAGUGUUGCCUUCCAUGUGGUGGCGUGUGAUAUCAAAUUUCCCUAGGUGUGUUUUUAUCUUUCAAAAGCUUGUCUAUGCAACGCAACUCGAUUCAUUUCAUUCAAUGGUCAGGAAUAUGAUUAGAUAUUCUUUUUGCACAGUUGCUUAAAAUUGGAUAUAAUAAAACUAUUGUGAUGGAUUUGAGCAUCACUCUUGAUUGAA